AUGGCGUUCGGCGUGAAUGACAUGACGUUCGGCGCGCGCGAUGUUCUCCCCGUGCGGUCGCGGACGAGACAAGGGCACGAACUCACCGCGGACGAACUCGAGGCGGCCGCGAAGGACUUGGACGUGUACCCUCCCGUGAGCGCGAGCAUCUCGCGCUUCAGCGAAACGCGCGCGCCGGGGCCCCGCGCGGCGUACGCGGAAAGACAUCGCGCGGGCUGCGACACCUCCGCGCAACCGAUAUACUCGAAACCGCCCACGUCGGAACCGAACGUCGAGGACGCCGGCGCGCUCUGGCACGAGGAACGAGGAAGGGAAGGACGAAGGGUCACGUUCCACGGCCACCCGCCGGACGACGAAUCAGGUGUUGAAGCCGAGCUUCGACCCGGCGAGAUGCGACCGGCUGGAUUAGCGUAG